AUGGUUUUUGUCAAAGGGCGUUCGACCACUUCAAACCUCCUAUCUUUUCAAAAUAGUAUCCUCAAAGCGUUUUCUAACUCACACCAAGUUGAUGCCAUCUACACAGAUUUCUCGAAAGCAUUUGAUCGAGUUAGUCACAACUACCUUGUUGCUAAGCUCAGAGCUGUUGGUGUCGGUGGGGCGCUCUUGAGUUGGCUGGAUGUUAUCUACGGGACCGUUUUCUUCAGGUGCGAGUGGCGGGCUCACUAUCCCAACCUUUCCCAGCUGUUUCUGGUGUACCUCAGGGUUCCCUACUGGGGCCAGUGUUGUUCACAAUCUUCAUUAAUGAUCUGGUUCAAUGUGUGGGUUUCAAAUGUUCUACUUUUUCCUGAUGACGCUAAAAUUUUCAAAGAAAUUGCAUCUGUGGAGGAUUGUGUGUCCCUACAGGAGAGUAUUGAUUUGCUUGCAGAAUGGUGCGACGUUAAUGAUAUGCUUCUGAACAUUUCCAAGUGCUCUAUUGUGACAUUCUCUAGGACCAGUCGUGAUAUUUUUUCUGUCCGAGCUCUGAACAUCCUCUACGUCCACCUUGUUCGACCCAUACUUGAAUAUUCUUCUACUGUCUGGAACCCUUACCUUGUUGGUCACAUUGAUAGGCUUGAGCACAUACAGAACCGCUUCAUUCGUUUGAUUGGGCUGCGGCUGGGCUUUGAGUACCGUAAUGUGCCGAUUGAUGACCUUCGAGUUCAGUUUAACUUGGAACCUCUCCAUUCAAGACGUAUAGUUCAUGAUCUGCUUUUCUUAAAGAAGUUGAUCUGCUCUGUCAUUGAUGCACCUGAUCUGCUCGAAUUGCUGGACUUCCGGGCAUCACGUCAUCUUCGGUCACCCCCCAGCUGUUUGCAAGGGCGGCACUAA